GCAUCUCAACAACAACAUCGAUGAGAUAAACGAGGGAAUUCGCGGUUGUAAAAGUAAUUCACACAUGCAUUUAAUUAAUCUUACGGAUCGCACGGGUACCUUAUUCAUAAGUAUCCGACAAUCUGUUUAAAUAUAAAUGAUCUUAGUUGACCAUAAAAGGUCUGUGUUGGUGCCGCCACUGCUACUACGUUGGCGACGAUUCCCAGCCAGCAUCAUGAAGUCCUGUCCAUCUUCCCAUGCGGAACAACUGUGGGCGGAGGGUCACCAGUGGAUGCGGUAGCAGAAGCGGCAGCGUCUGACCUACAUCGCAUCCUGCAUAGUUCGCGUGCUUGCGUACAUGCAUGUGGUGGUGGAUCUAAUAGCCGCUGGUGGCACUGGCAUGUGUGAUUUGACACGGACGGCUGCAACGACGACGAACAAUGGACACGGGUUGGGGCUCGAGCCUUCUCGAUCCGACAAGGGACAGCGAGGCGGGAAGAUUUGGAGCCCUGCGGCCACCGGUGCCCAACGGCCGCGAGAUUCGCACGCCAGAAACGAGGGCUGUCGUGAGCCCACGCAGCGGCACUCCCUGCUCCGCAGACACCGACAAUGCUGGGCGGAGGGCGGUAGCGGAGAACGCGGUCAGUGAGAAUCCAAUGUCUACGGUCGUGCCGGUCACCGCCCGCCGCAUACUGGACAUUCUAAGUCGGCGUGGCGAUGACACGCACCCCGCGACGAAUAGGCAAUCGAAACGAGGCGACGCAACGUGCGCGACCGACGAGCCGUUGUGGCGAGCCUCGUCGCGCCAGGAUGCCGCGUGUAGUGGUGGCCGCGAGUUUGACGCGGCUCCCGCGACGCCGCGACCGGUCGAGGUGUUUCUCGACGACGACGAUAGUGUUGAAGCAGCGAAGCAACUCAUUAUUACGGCGUUAGCAAGCAGCGCCACCUGCAGCCACGGUGGCUAUAACGACGACGAUUUUCAGCCACCGCAGACGCCGUUGCCGGAAAAGCGCUUCCUCAACGAUGAGGAGAGUGAUGCGGCCAUAGCAACGCUGAAGCUAACGAUGACCAGAGCAAGAGGAGCAAGCAGCAGAGCCGAGGCAGACGACGUCGUCUUGACAACUACACAGUGUGGCAACACGGAAGCAAUGCAAUCGGCUCGCGAUAAGAUUCGCUUAACCAGUGGCACAGCGGAUGCUGGUGAGAUACCUGGCACUGCUAACACCCGCUAUGUUGGUGACACACCCGAUGUUAGUGCUCCCAGUGCUGGUGACACACCUGUCGUUAUGGACUCACUCAGUGUUCGUGAAACACCGGGUUUAGGUUAUAACAACAAUGUAUCUGAGCAAGCUAGUGUCUCGGAUCUACCUGAAGCAGGUAGUGAUGACCAUCAGUCUAUGCUAGGAAGUAAUUGCAAUCAACCUGACCCAACUAAUGAUGAUGACAUACUUAACAAGAAGGACUUACGUGGCACAUGUAAUAAUAAUAUGCCCAACAAAAGUAAUGAUAAUGACCUACUUGAGAAAAGAAAUAAUGAGCUGCCUGACAAACGUAAUGCUAACAACAUACCUGACAAAUGUAAUAAUGACGGCCUACCUGACAGAGUUCGUAAUCAUGACUUACCUGAAAGACGUAAUAAUGAUGUCCUAGCCAGUUCGGAUGCCUCUGGUCAUGUGGGGAGCCGAGACUCGGGGUCCAGUGCUUCGGAGGCUGACUCGCCGCGUGGUGACGUCGAAUACCUGGACGACACAGGCAGCGUCGACGCUGUGCGACGCAUCGACUCUGCCCUCGUCGCCAUGAAGCUGACGAUGACAGCAAGCCCCCAUGCCUCUUCCCCCAGCGACUGUUUGGCUGGGGGUCGUGCGCAGGUCAAGGGUGGCCGGCCGCCACAGAGAUCAGAAGAUGAUGCUCUCGGCGUGCACACCCCUCACGAGCAGACGUCUGUAGCUUCAGUGCACGCAUCGCGUGGAACUGAAGGAAAAGAAGAGGAGAGGGAGAAGGAGGGGAAGGGGAAAGAGAUCCUCCCUAUUGGUGCUACGUCUGAAGCAGGAGAAUCCUCCAUGGAAUCUUCUCCCCCUCCUGUCAUGCAGCAAUACCCGAUGCUCGCACCGGCCAUGAAGCGAUCUCCAAUGCCUGCACUCGUUACAAAACAAACGCCAACACCCCCUGCCAAUGUAAAGCACUCGGCGGCGCCCCCUGCUGUUAGCCAGUGCAGCUCGCCACCGCUCACGAUCGAACCGCCGCCGACUCCGCAACCCGUCGUGCGUUUCCUGGACGACGACGACGACGAGGAGGCAAUGCAGCUGUUAAACGAAGCCCUCGGCCGCGAGAGGCCGAGGCGAGACGACGUCGCGGCGACGAUGGAGCAAUCCGCGUCUGCCGCUGGCCCCGCGUCGUGCAGUGACGAAGCCGAAGCACCACCCGGCAGAGCAUCGGCGGACGAGCAAGCUGAGGUUGUUGUCAGAAAUCUAGAGGGCAAUGUUGUCUACAAGCUCAACGACGGCAGCGACAGCGCACCACGUGGCUGCGAGGUCACGCAAGACGAGGUCGCCAACGACAAUGUCCCCCAGUCGCCGCCAUGGCAGGUGCAGUUCCUAGAGGGCAGCGAAGGCUCGUCGGCUGUCGACUACAUUCGGAAGGGACUCGGAGCUGAGAAGGCAGCGGCGGUGGCUGUUGAUGCAUCGGUGACGUCCCGCGUCAUCACGAGCUUGUCCACGGUGGCGACGCUGACGACAACGACCCCGACCGUUGCCAAGAAGACGAGGAACCUGCUCUCCAUCGCUAACCGACUUGCUCACCAGCAGACGGGCGAUGGCAGCACCGCCGCGCCAACUGACGACCACACAGGCGUGCCGCUGCACCUCUCCGUUCGUGGUGAGGCCAACCGCUUCAUGCGACAGGGUAUGGGCAGACACAAGGCAGCCCGGCACGUUGUGGGAAGUGCAGACGUGCUUGCCGAGAUACGCGAGUACGCCGAACGUGCGAACAGAGAACACCAGGAGGUGGUCACCGGGUCGUCCGUGCCUGAAAAGUCUUCAGCGGCGCCCCCUACUGACCAACCUCCGUCGCAGCAGAGAGGCGAUGAUCGCACUGUACGCAACCGCUUUGGCGCGAUGCCCCACGAGGAGACGCUACGCCGCAACGACGCAGAUGUGGUGGCGCCCCCUGCGCAGCAGCGUGGCGCGGAGCCGCGCUAUGCGUCGCAGCGGUCGGACGUACAUCACAGCAUGAGCGCGUACAAAAGCGUCGACGUUGAGCUGAGAAUCCCCGACCCUAAGGCGAUCUUCUCGCGCGAGGAGGCGCCAGCAGCUCCUCGCGCGGCUCCGUUCUCGCAGCUGUCGCCGCUCGUGCAGCAGCCGCACCGCCGGUUAGACACGUCGUGGUUCUCGCGUCGGUCGCCGCAGAUGCAGGGAGCGCACAUGGCGAGGAUGCCGCCGCAUGCCGCACCGGGCUUCCUGCCCUCGCCGCAGCAGUCGCCGGCUGCUCCUCAUCCACACGUGGCAGCCAUGAGCUUCCGCAAUGCACUGCCACGGGCUGGCGCGUCGACCGUCGUUCAAACAAUGCCAGCACCGCGGCAGGGCGAGUUCCGCCCGACCAUGGGCCACCCGACGAUGCUGCACCAUGAAGGUGGGAGGUCGUGGCCACGGCAAGCCGGAGCGCCGCUAGCAGGAUCCAAAGCAGCAGGCGCAGACUGGCAGCGAGACUUACAGCAGCUGCAGGAGCACGAGCGGAUGUGGGGUCAUGGAAUGCUACCCCAACAUGCACUGCAGCAGCGACAGCUGCAGCAGCAGCGAGUGCUCAGCCAAGCCCCGCACCGAGAGAUGGCGCCCCGCGGCGUGUCGCAGCCUUUUCUCUCUUCGCCACCUUUGUACGAGGACGUGAUGCAGCAGACGAUAGGGGCGUCGCAAUAUCAGCCGAGAGCGCCGCCCUUUCCUGGUCAUCCGGCGACAUUCUUGCCGUCGUCGUCGGGCGGUACUGGCCGACCACCCGUCUACCAGCAACAGCAGCGUGCGGCCGCGGCGCCGCCGGGCCGCGGCGCGUUCGAGCCGCGCUCGCUGCGACCUGCGGCAGCUUCGCUCGGCCCUCCGCGGCAGCCUCCCCCGCUCGUGCCACGUGGUGGCGCCGGCCAGAAUCCCGCGCGACCACCACCGCAGCUGUACACGCCGAUGGGAGCGCCCGCUGUGAAACCCCCGGCGUCGGCAGCAGCAGCGGCGGGCGGCGGCAUCUCCCAUCAGCACCCGCGAGAUGUCCUGCCUGCCGUCGACCUGUCCAGCCGCUCCCGCCGGCCGGUGGAGGUGCUCGACCUGAGCCUGCGCAGGAGCCCCGAGUCAUCUUCACUGCGAGGCGACGUCAUCCCGGACUCGUCUCUGCGACGUGACGUCGGCCCGGAAUCUUCCCUGCAACGCGACGUCGGCUCGUGCCAGACUUCGGAGUCGUCGGAAAUUGGAGAGAAGAUCGGCGCCACCGAUUUACGCUGGCAGACCCCACGACCCCACGCCCACGAGUUACCAGCUGAGCAUCAGCGCACCACUGCGACGUCCCUGCACAAGCAGCAGCGCUCCCUGGUCGAUGAGCGUCCCCUGGUCGAUGAGCUUCCCCUGGGGGAUGAGCGCCCCCUGGAGGUGGGAGGCGGCUACCUGGCUGAGGAGUUUGCGAAGGAGCACGGCGAAGCGUCGUCUGCGCAGCUGUCGGCGACCGAAAAUGCCGAGCUCUUCAUCAGCCGCAUUAUGAGCAAGGCUGUUGACGACAUCAUGAAUAUCUCGACGCCGGGCAGCCCUCGGUCGCCGGACGCGGGGCGGCGAGCGAGGCCGACGCGGCAGGGUGGCGGCGUCGCCCCCGACGGCAGCAUGCCGUGCCAGUUGCUGAACCUGCGACGGCGCGAGCUGCAGUGCAUGCAGUGCGAGGUGAGGUACCCGGUGAUGAUGGCGCGCGGCGCGAACAACUACAUCCACUCGUACACGUGCGCCGCCGCGAAGGUGCCGCGCCUCACGCCCAAGUACUUCCAGUGCGACCGCUGCGGCAUGGAGUUUGUGACGAUCAAUCCCGAGGAGUUGCUCGCGCACGACGACGUCUGCAUCAUGGCGACGGCGCCUCCGCCGCCGGCCGCUCCCACCGUCACCGCCACCGGGGUGAGCACGCCACCGCCGCAGGAGGCGUCGCCCGCAUCGUCGAUUGAGACGAUCCCGUAUGCGGACGACGUCGAGAUGAGCAGGUCACCAGAGGGCGCCGGCGACAGUAGCCCCGAUGUGAUUAAGAUCAUCGAGGACCAAGCGAGCGGCAUGAUGACGGCGUGUGCUGUCGACGCGCAGCGAGAGCAGCCACCGAUCAAGAUUGUCAUUAAGCCGUAUGCUGACAAGGCGGGCCACUACCUGCAAACCUCGGGCAGCGAGGUCGCCACAGUUGUCAGGCCACUGGACCAGCUGCUGUGCCGGCCUUGCAGCGUGCGGCUGCAGCGGCGCCCGCUUCCCGCGACGCUGAUCGUCGCCGCAGACCCGGACUAUGCGGAAGAGCCUCCCUCGCCCGCGUCCAGUGCGAGCUGGCAGGGAAGUGAGGAGGGAGACUCCAUGGGAGCAUCUGCCUCCGACUCACUGGAAUUCUCCAGUUCUUCAGACGCGUACUCUGCCACCGACGAGGAUGAGGGCACGCAGCGAGGCGAGGGAAGAGAGCCGGCGGACAAGAAAGCGCAAUCCGCGGAACAGAUGCGGCAGGAGCGACACGAGAAGCAGGCACGCCGGCUGGCGCUGAACAGGCUGCGGGAGGAGCGGCGUAAACGCGCCAGUAAGGCUGCGCAUGCGCGUGACGAUGACGACGACGACGACGACGACGACGAGGGAGCGAGCUCCGGCAGCGGCAGCCGCUACCACGCCAGACUCGACGAGAAGUCGCUCGUCAUCACGCUGAAGCCCUGCUCCGUGCCGUUCCCGCCCAAGCCGACGGCGCCCCCUACCGGCGACACGCCUUUGCGACGGCCGGGGCUCCCACGUAACACGGCGCGCAAGGGUCACGCUGCUCCGUCUCUUUCGGUCGCGCGGCGGCAGCAGCCGCAUGCACCCAAGCAGAUCACGACGACACCCGACAACGACAGCCAACCGACGCCACACGACGAAACUUCGAAGGCGAAAUCGGCGGAUGCUACCGCCACAGUCGCCACCGGCAACGCACAGCAGCCUUUGGAAGUCUUGCUCGCCCAGCUGCUGCAGGGUCCGGAGCAGGAUUCCGCCAGCGAAAUGGCCUUGUCAAUGCCGACAGCGGAGUUGCCGCAUGUCGUGGCGUCCAGCGUCUCACGAGUGUCAGACGCGGUUGCCGAGACGACGGAGACGACGCUGGUAACACACGCAGCGAACGUCAGCAGUGCGUCGCGUGCGCUGCCCGCUCGCAAGAAGAAAAAGCGAAGAUCGACGAACCGCGUGUAUUUCGGCAGUAGAGGGCGGCGGAAGCGACGAAAAGCGGUGGCUGAUGCCAAGACUGCUUCACCCGCUGCCCAGCAGCUGGACGCCGCUUCCCAGCAGCUACCUCUAAUGCCAGCUGCCCGGGGACAGAGCAGAAGGAGGGCUACCCUGAGCGAACAGGCUACUAAGCCCGCGUUGGAAGCAAGCAGCGGGGCGGUGGCUAAACUGAGGGUACGGCGCAGCCCUGGGCGCCCUCCACGGGCGCGGCGGCAACAUGCAAAGAUGGGGGUUUACUGCGUGGAUGCGGGUGCAGCAACGUCGACGUCUGAGCUGAUGGAUGCGUCGACAUUCACCGACACCACCCUAGCCGUGGACGCUGCCAGAGUAACCCUAACUGCAGACAAGGGAAGACCUACUGUUGCCACCGAUGAUGGCAGAGUCACAGACGACGGCAGAGCCACCGUUGCUAUCGACGAUGGCAGAGUCACCGUAGCCGGGAACAACGGCAGAAUUGUCGUAUCCGAGGACGACGACAGAGCCACCGUUGCCGUCGACGACGGCAGAGUCACCGUAGCCGGGAACAACGGCAGAAUUGUCGUAUCCGAGGAUGAUGACAGAGCCACCGUUGCCGUCGACGACAGCAGAAGCACCAUAGCCGGGAACAACGGCAGAAUUGUCGUAUCCGAGGACGACGACAGAGCCACAGUUGCCGUCGACGACGGCAGAGUCACUGUAGCCGUCGACGACGGCAGAAUUGUCGUAUCCGAGGACGACGACAGAGCCACCAUUGCCGUCGACGACGGCAAAGUCACCGUAGCCGGGAACAACGGCAGAAUUGUCGUAUCCGAGGACGACGACAGAGCCACAGUUGCUGUCGACGACGGCAGAGUCACCGUAUCUGAAGAAAACGGCAGAAUUGCCAUCAACGACGAUGACGGCGGUAAAGUCAAUGUUGUCAACGACGACCGACUCACUGUCGCUGGUGACGAUGCACAACACCAGCCGCAGACCUCACCAGCCGAUUCGUAUGGCCUCUUGGUAUCCGGCGACGUGGUCAGCGUGGGUGAUUGCGCGUCAUCUGUCGUCGAUCCUGUGGUCGCUGACGUGGAGACAAGCCUGCCAGCAUUGGAGACAUUGACCCACGAAGCUACUGAUGACUGGUGCAACUCUUCCACGCACCCCGACGCUCACGUAAAGGCAGUGGCCGAUAUUUCACAGACAGCAAGUCUUUCAACGUGCGCAGGAGAGGAAGGCACAUCCGGCAAUGACCCGCUUCUCAUCGGCAAGGCAACGGCCGUUAGCCCGCCGAUCACACGCCGCACCGAGGACCUGAUUUUAUCUGAGGACCCUCCAGAGGACGUACUAGUGGUACCUUCGACCAGCGUAUUAUCGCCAGCGGUCACAGAUAAAUCGCCGGACAGCAGUGGCACUGAGAUGCAAGAUGUUGUGGAAGUGAAAGACGAGGUGAUGCAGAACAGUGCUGACCUCUUACCAGGGGGCGUAGAAUCAGUACGUGAAGGGCAAGACGAGGUCACACCGGAUAGUGCAGACGUGUUGGAAGGGGGUGCUGAUUCACCGUGUGAAAUAGGAGACCAAGAUGCACUGAAUAUCAUGGUUGCAUCACCCAAAUUGGAAGUAGAAUUCUCACCAGGAGGCGCCAGCGCAGGCGAGGCGAGCGAUGACAAUUUUGACAAGACAUCAGUUGUGUUUGCGGCCAGCAAGCAGGAGGAGCUGAGGAGGUCUCCGGCUGCGAAGCGGAACCUGUGGCGCUGCAUCGAGAGGUUCAUGGUUGCCACCGGCAGGGAGAAGGGAAGCGGCCAUCACUCGGAGCCUGACACCGCAGAGACAAACGCAGAGCAACCACAGAUGGAUGGAGGAACAAGAGAUGUAGACAAACCACAGAUGGAUGGAGGAACAAGAGGCGAGGUAAAUGUAGACCAACCACAGAUGGACGGAGGAAGGAGAGACAAGUCAGACGUAUACAAACCAUUGAUUGACAUAGGAACAGGAAGCACGACCGGCAAAGUGGAGCAGCCAACUGCGGUGUGCAGUCUGCCAGUGAGCCUUGGACCGACAGAGUCACCGGUUGUUGAGGCGAGCCACGACUCUGAGGCUUUGCGGGGAGGCAAGAGAAAAGUCGUUAGGCUGGCAGACAGAAUAGGCACGUCACCUGAGCUGGCAACCAUGGCACCCUUCAACCAGCACCUCACGGACUGCAAGUCAAUGACGGUUGACGUCUCUACGGAAACGGUAACGGAGUUGAGACAGGAUGAUGGGAAGGAUGAAGUUUCAUCAGGCAGUCAUCCGCAGGAAGGACCCGAAUGCGCACAGAUAGACAAUGCGGCUGAUCCUAAUUCGGCAAGACUUCCGUCUAAGAUUGACAGCAUGGACGAGGCAGGCACCGCCGGCAUUGAGGGGGAGGCAGCGACGGGCAACGAGAGCCCUACCUCCACAGACAGCGACCCGGUUGACCUGCCGAGCCUGCACAUGCUGCUCUCUCCCAAAAAGAGUCAACCUGACAUAAAGCCUGUAUUCCAACACAUCCAAGUCGCAACUUCGCUUACUGUCCAACCAACGGCGUCCACGCAGGCACCCAAACCUGCCAUGCCCCAGUGUGUCAAUACCGCAAUGCCUCAGAGUCGCAGAUCCACAGCCUCUCCUAGUCAUCAGCCCACGAUGCCUCAGGUCCUCAAACCCACAGCAUCGAGCCAAACACUCGGCCCCACGAUUCCCCAGGACCUCAAACCCACAGUGCUUCGCAGUACCGAUUCCAUGGGGGCAACGCCUCAAGUCAUCCGUCUGAUUAUUCCUCAGCACUUCAGAUCAACUACAUCUCAGACCAUCCGUUUCCCUACAUCUCAGAACGUUCUACUCACAAUGUCACAGAGUGUCAAACCAGCAGUUUCACAGAGUGUUGGAACAGCAGUGUCACAUACUGUCAAACCAGAAAUUUCACAGAGUGUUGGAACAGCAGUGUCACAUACUGUCAAACCAGCAAUUUCACAGAGUGUUGUACCAGCAGUUUCACAUAGUGUCAAACCAGCAGUUUCACAGAGUGUUGUACCAGCAGUGUCACACAUUGUCCGUCUAGUAGUGUCUCAGAGUGCCAGACCUGCAGUGUCUCAUGUCGCAUCAUCGACUCAGACACCCAGAGUUGUGAUGUCUCGGAGCAUGCAGCCCACUGUGCCUCUUGCAAAUCAAGCGGUUGUCUCGUCUUGCAAACCGACACGAGACUCCGUCGCCCGAAAUGACAGCACAGUGCAGAGGGCGCCACAUCUACCACCGAGGAUGGCGCGGAAAACGAUGCGGAAUGGACCGACGGAAGCGAGACAGAAGCAGCAGAUAGCCGCACGUCUCAGCUGCCAGCAGGUGUCGCCACCUGCUCUCCGGCAAGGGAUCUCAGGAUGCAGAACCUCGCCAGAUUCAGGCUGGGCGAGACUGCAGCCAGCAGCUUCCAGUAAUGACACGACCAACUUGCGGGGGGAACUGACAACACCGACUAAAAACAGGCGAGGGCGGCCACGAAAGGAACCAGAGACGUCCGCUCCCGAGUUGAAACAGGGCUCGUCUGCUCUGAGGCGAACUACACCGAGACGAGCUGCGUCGAGACAGGCUUCAACUACGUUGAGUCGUACGCCGCCUGCGUUAAGACGUGUCUCACCUGCACGGAGACACGGUUCACCAACGUUGCGAUCUGGCUCGCCAACGUUGAGAUCUAUCUCACCACUGUUGAGAUAUGGUUCAUCUCCAUUGAGACGUGCCUCGCCCAGCAUAAGCGAAAACUCGCAGGGUGAGACGACUCAGCUGAAGACAUAUACGCGAAUCCCGCGCCGUCUUUCUGCCGUCGCUGCCCAGCCGAUCACCAUAGCAUCGGUAACCGCAGACGACACAACUCCGCCGGUCACCGUGGCAACAGUAACUGCGGACCAAGCAGCAACGGCCACGGCGGCGAAGCCAAGCGAGUCUCUGCUGCAUCCUUUCAAGCGAAGGAUAACGCGCAGUACGAGUCGCGAGUCCUACCCUGCCGCUGUUGCCGCUGACGAUGAUGGCGACAGCGACUUGAACCUGCCCGAUAACUUCCAGCUCACAAAUUUCUUCACCAGAGGGCGCAGCUGCAGCGUGAGUCCCGCCGUGUCGGACGCAGGCGCUGUGGCAAGCCGCGCUGUCGGCCGCAUGUCUCCGCGCCUUGUCGCCAUGCGGUCGCCCGGCUCUGAUGGGGUGUCCCCUUCGACUGCUGCUGUGUCACCUUACCGGAACACGCGUAGCGCGUGUGCGGCGGAUCCCGUGUCUACACCCAGUGAUGACCGAACGAGCGGACGACCCCGGCUGGCCUCGCCAGUGGCCGCUAACAGCCAGCGUGCAGCAGUGCGCGGCAAGCGUGUGGCGAAGGUGGCAGCCAACGUCGAGAACCCAAAGCGCAUAAAGAUGGAGUUACAGGCGAGUGGCAGCCGGGGACGUGCGGUAGCGCGGGUGGGGCUACGCAGCAGCACUCCAACGCAGACUGCUUCGCCCAUUGAAAAGACGCGGCGCGGCCUGGCCAUACUCAUCCCAGAGAGGAAGCGACUGCACGUGCAAGGGCAGGAGCAAGAGGAGGAGGAGGAGGAGAAGGAGAGACCAAGCCUGUUUGGCUCCAUGAAAAAACACUUCACCAGUGCCUACACCCAGGCAAACAAACGGUGAUGCGUUCAUUGUGCCACCUGGUUAUGUGAGCAGUAAUGAUUUUGGGUGGUGACCUCACAAUGACCUCACAUUGACCUUACAGUGAUCAUUCUUAUAUGAUGUUCUUAUGAUAUGUACGUUAGCUUUAGGAUGAGUUGUCAUGGCUAGCUAGGCUUUAUUAGAAAAGGCAGUUCUUACCUUACAUCUUAUAAAGGUUGUCAUACGAUAUAUAUAUAUAUAUGCGUGUAUAUAAUGUGGAUGCACACAUGACAUGCAUUUCUUCAACUACCAUGUGAAGCCCAGGGAAUGAACCUACAAUUUUUUUUGGACUGAAACGAGUGGAUAUAUGUCGGAGACAUAUUAAUUGAUACUGGUUGGGGCAGCUGCGAAUACCUGCACCUAUUGUGGGCACAUCUUGAUGACCGCUAGUCUGCUGGCGGGUAUUCGAAGCUUGAUACGGCUGCGGGGAAUUAGCGCAUGCUCCCGACAUAGCUAAGGGUGUGUACAUGCGCACAUUUCUAGAUGUAUUCCUACUUACGAGUAUGGACUUUGUAAAGUAUAUAUGCCUGCCGAUGUUCACCAAUUUUCCCUAGAACCUGUACACGUAGGUUUUCGAUUUAACAAUAGGUUAGAAUAUUUGUUUAUCAUGGGUGUUGAUUGUGUGCGUAUGUGGGGUGUGAUUGAUAUUACUAUAUCGUGUUUGUGCCCGUAGUAAACCUCAUUAAAUUAAUGUAAUAUCAGUGUGGUGCACUAUGCUUCCAGGUAGCAGGCAGGUGGUAACAAGUGGAGAGGGUUAAAAUAAUAACUUUUAGUGACAGCGCUGGCAGGUAAUUAGGGGGUGGGGUGGGGAUGAAGGCAACGUUUGGUGACAAGUUGUUUGUGGUGAAGGAGGGCGUAAAGGUAACGUUCGGUGACAGGUGACGUGCAGAAGUGGGGUGUGGCUAACGUUUGGUUGCAGAGGUGUAGGGAGGGGAAUACUUUGCCCAUGAAUGUACUGCAUUGUACGUAAAUACCUGCACAAUAUAUACAGUUACAGACUAUAUGAACUAUGUUAGAUGUAAAAAAAUUUAAUCAGUAUCAUUGGACUUACUUAACCCAGCGGUACUUAUUAUUUAAGAUAUAAUAAAGCAUACGAUAUAUACUGAUUAAUUCAAUAUGAUAUAUACGUGAUUCAUAUUAUGUAAAAUGAUAAUAAUUGAUUAAUUACCUAGGAGAGCCCGAAUGGGGCAUUACACAGAAUAUAUAUAUAUUAAACU